UCAAAAUCCUGCCGCCCCCUUAGGUUUAGGUUAAGGGUGUGGUUUUCGUUAUAAACAUUAUUUAUUAUAAAAAUAAAAUGGUAAAGCAAAGCAAUCGUUGGUCCUCAACGGCCUGCAACUGCAGUCACCAGAUCCUUCCUAGCUGACAACAAUGACUUCCAGGCGAUUGAGAGUUUUCAAGCGAUGGAUGACAUCCCAAGGCAUACAAUGCAGCGAUGCUCUUCAAUUCACGGAUACUCCCGACAAUGGAAUCUCCGUCAAAGCCUUGUACGAUUUACGGGAAGGUGAUGUUGUUGCAAACGUUCCUAAACUUGCUUGCCUCACCGUCAAGACCACCAGCGCCUCUUCCAUUAUAGAAGAAGUCGGUUUGGGUGGCUAUCUGGGGCUUUCGGUUGCUCUCAUGUAUGAGAGAAGUUUAGGGGAGAACUCUAAUUGGGCUGGCUACCUCCAGCUUCUGCCUGAUAAAGAAUGCGUGCCAUUGCUUUGGUCUCUGCAAGAUGUAGACCAGUUUCUUUGUGGAACUGAGCUACACAAGACGGUGAAAGAGGACAAGACUCUUAUGUAUGAGGACUGGAAAGAGAAUAUCCUGCCUCUUAUGAUGUCUGCACCUCUGAUGUUCAGUCCAGAAUUUUUUGGCAUUGAACAAUAUUUUUCUGCAAGGAGCCUCAUUUCGUCUAGAUCUUUCGAUAUUGAUGACUUUCAUGGGUUUGGAAUGGUCCCUUUGGCAGAUCUGUUUAACCACAAGACCAAUGCUGAGGAUGUACAUUUUACCUUGGUGUCUUCUGACGUUGAGUCCGAUGAUAGUACUUCUCAACUAAAUGAUGUGCAUCCAUAUGAUGACGAGUCCAAAUGCUGGAAUUCUCCUCUGGAUAAAGUAGGAUCAGAUUCUCUUGAAAAUGAGGCAAACAAUGCAGAUGAUACUGACUCAAACUCUUCUGAUCUCAGAGAUGAUCCUACAACGCUUGAGAUGAUUAUGGUGAAGAAUGUCAAAGCUGGCAAUGAGGUGUUCAAUACAUAUGGGUCUUUGGGAAAUGCUGCUUUGCUUCACAGAUAUGGAUUUACAGAAGCAAAUAACCCAUACGAUAUCGUGAACAUUGAUUUGGAGCUAGUUAUUGAUUGGUGUUCAUCUCUAUUUUCCAGGCGAUACAGUAGAGCAAGAGUAUCAUUAUGGAGAAAGUUGGAGUAUUAUGGUUGUGAUAAUGAAAACAUUGAAUAUUUUGAAAUAUCAUACGAUGGGGAACCACAAACUGAACUACUGAUAUUAAUAUACAUAAUGUUGCUAUCAGAGGAUGCAUUUAAUCACUUUGAUCUAACUAUAUCAGUUUCUGGGAAUUUUAGUGGUGUUAUGUUGUAUCAAAAGGGAAAGAGCAUGUGGAUUGAAGAUUCAAAAAUUAGGAAGGAUGUUUUGCUUACCAAAGAUGUUCGUAAAGCUCUUGUGUCACUUGCAGAUAUGCGUGAAGCUUUACAUGGUUCAAGUCAUUUAGAAGAAGACCUUGAGACGUUGUGUGGCAUACAAGAUAAUAGGAAGUUGUAUCAUUCUUUGAUGUUGCGUGUAAGCGAGAGGACGAUCCUCAAGAAACUCAGAUCUUAUGCUGCUGUGGCUGGUCAGUUAUCAACUAGUGAAAGGCGGUCCUCUUUGAGGAAGAACACUUGAACAAGGAAAGAACACUUGAACAAGUAACUUCUUAAUUUUUCGGCUCAUUUAUCUCCAAAUUUCAUUCAGUCACUUUUGGUUUUUUCAUUUGAAUUAUUCUACUCCUCACAGUGACUCUUUUCUUGGAUCUUCAACUUUAUUCCUAAUUUUAUCAUUAGUGAUGCUAAUUUAUGGGAGCUGUUAAUGUUGAGCCGUGUAGCUACCCUUCUUUCAAAAGACAGAUGGCUGAAAGAAGAAAACCUUUCAUAAAUAAAUAUCUAAACAGUUAUUCAUUGAUU